AUGCUUCUCCUGCUCUCUUCUCUACUUAUUCUCCAAGGUGUCAGCGGAGAUAAGACUUGCAGUGGAAAUGAGGUUCAAGAUCUGGAUAAUGGUUGCACUAAGAUUGAUAAGUCGCCGUUGGUUUUCCGAGGAAAUCUCGAUGAAAAAAUGGUCAGAGAAAAAGUUCAAAGUAUCAAAUAUAUAGCCUCUGGAAUUGAAGUGAUUGAAACUGAUCUCGAGACGUUCGAUUAUUUAAAACACGUUGAGAGGAUUCAAAAUUCGAAUGGUCCUGCAAUGCUAUUCAAGAAGAAUAAAAAUUUGAAACGACUGAAUUUCACCUCUCUUGGAGAGUUGAAAGGCAAGGAUAAGGAGAAGGAUAUCGUUUUCGAAAACGACAACUUCGUUCAGGCAUUUAGCAAGGAAACCGAUUCGUUCGAUGACUUCAUGAAAUUGGAACUGAUUGCCCGUAAAAGCCAUUUGCGGAACAAAGUUUGUUCCAAUGAGUUCUAUCAGUUCAUCAACAAAAAAGAAAGUUCCGACUCGAAGACCACAUGGGCAAUCAUCAUUACUGUAAUCGCGUCAUUUUUCGCAAUCGCGGACUUGUUUUUCACGUGGAUUUUUGUGACAUCAUAUCUUGAAUUUCGUAAAGAGUGUCGAGAGACGAAGAAACUAAUCAAGAUGAAGACUGAUGUGCCGGUUGGAAUAAACAUCGGACCGCCACAAACGCCAGCGAGUGGAACCACGACACCGUCCGCCAUCACGACACCGUCCGCCAUCACGACACCGUCCGCCACCACGACACCUCCCGCCACUAUCAAAACACCAAAAGACAAGUGUAAGUAA